GGAAACGCCUCACCCGGCCUGAACGGGGCCGGGGCCUGCCCAAAACCCGGCCAGAGCCGGCCUGGUGCCGCCCCCGAGCGCCGGGAGGAGGCGGCGGAGCCCCGGGCCGGUCUCUCCCCUCAGGGCCGGUUCAGUCACUGCCGUUACGGCCUCGGCCCUGCCCCGCUCCAUGGGGACUGAGGUGCCCCUGGGAGCCCGGGGCCGUGACUCAGGGCCCGUGUUCUGUGGGGUUGCUCCUGAGAUUAUCGAGGACACCCUGAUCCACUUGGCCACGGAGAACGAGCAGUACGUGAGCGAGCUGCCCGAGCAGGCCGGGUGCUUCAAAGAGACACGGAUCGUGGAAUUUAUAUUCCUUUUGGCUGAAAAAUGGCACUUGGACCUGCCCACACGGUACCAGGCAGUGGAGUUACUUGAACGGUUCAUGAUCAAGCAGGUAGAGCAGAUGUGGGAUGGCAGAGGGAGCACACAAGGCCAGAGGAGCAGCUGGAGCUCGGUCAGGGAUCAGAUCACCAACACCUUUGUCCUGAGACUCGUGUCCUGUGUUCAGCUUGCCAGCAAACUCUCUCUGCACUACAGUAGAGUGACCAGUGACACAGCUUUAACAUUUCUGCAAUCCAUAAAAUACUCCUACACUAAACAGGAAUUGCUGGAGUCAGAGCUUGCUGUUUUGAACACUCUGCAGUUCCACAUCAACGUGUCAACCCCCUUGGCCUAUGUGGAAUUGCUCCUGGAGGUUCUAGGAUACAAUGGCUGCUUGCUUCCUGCCAAACCUUUACACCAGCUGUGUGUGCAGCUGCUGGACCUCUGCUACCUGACCAGAGAGACCAUCUAUGACACCGUGCUGAAGAUUGCCCUUGAGAACUCCACACCCAGCAAAGUGCAGAUAGCCAGGUUUUUAACAGUGAAGGAAGAUUUCAUGCUGCUUGCUGUUGGAGUUAUCAGUACAGGGGUGUUCAUCCUGAGCCCUGGGCACUGGGAGCAGGCUGUGGAGCAUUUAAACUGCAUCACUGGCAUCACUCCCCAGAGCAUCCUGGAGUUCUCCUACGCCGUGGUGAGGCGCGUGCUUGGCAGCACCACACCCGAGCAGCAGCGUGCCACCAGAUCUCCUCAGGACAGAAUCCCUCCUCAGAAAUAGAACCACCCUGUCCCUCCAGUCAGCAGGAGCUGUCACACUGCUGACAGCUGUCCCUGCUCUGUGACACUGCCCAGCACAGCUCAGGGUUACCUGAAUUCUGUCAUGUGUUAAUUUAGCAAAGCUCGUCCUGCUGGGCAUCAGUCAUGCUCUAGAAGGAGGCCCAACAGCACCACAGUGUUUAGAAGUGCCCUAAAAGCUUUAUUGUAACAGCUGCAUCUUUUAAGUUUGGGAUCUAAGCUCUCUUUAAUCAGAGAUCCCUCAGAGUGGUUGUGUUUGAAAGGUGCUGCCAUGGCUGGUGGGACCAGCUCUCACAAAUGGGGCUGCUCUGUCUCCUCCUGCUGCUUUUAUAAAACAGGGAUUGUCCCCUGGGAUUGUCCCCCCUGUGCCAGCACUGUGACCGUCACCACAGCAGUGCCCAGCCUGGCUCUCCCUGCCAGUGCCAGGUCUGUGCUGUGCCAGGCACUGCUGGCUGGAAACACCUGGAAUAAUUUCCUUGUUUGCUCAGCACUGCCCUGUGCAGGAACAGCCUGCAGGAGGGAUUACAGUGCUGUAAUGGUCUCAAGCCUUUUUAAGUUCAGCAGCACAAAGAAGUGCUGAUAUGACUUAAAAAAUAUUUUAUUUUAAAUUCUUUAAUGAGCAGGCAGAGUUCUGGCAGUUUUCCCACAUUAUUCCUUGUGUUUGUCAUGUCUUGCUUUUCCAACCUUGCAUUAGCUGUAACAGAGCAGCAUCAAACUGAUGCUCAUUUGACAAUGAUUUAUGUGCAUGGCCAUAAACC